AUGCAUAAACCACGGGUCUUGGUCGAUGCUGGAAAGAAUAAGCUGCUGCAGUACUACGUAGAAAUGGAUCCUUGGCAACGAUACGGUCGUGUAAGUCCUACUUACUUAUAUCUUCAACAAUUAAUUCGUAGUUGUCUGCAGCUGCAGGCAGGCAGGCUUGGGGUUCCGUUAGUUCACGGAUGGUUAAUAUAUAUGUACAUGUUGUUGCAGUUUAAGGAUGUACUGGGGAAGGGAGCAAAGAAGAGUGUGUAUAGGGCAUUCGAUGAGCUCCUGGGAAUGGAAGUAGCAUGGAAUCUGGUCAAACUUAACGAUGCUUUGGGUUCUCCCGAAGAGCUGCAGAGACUGUAUUCUGAGAUCCACCUGCUCAACAACCUCAACCACCCCAACAUCAUGAGAUUUCACGCUUCCUGGGUUGACCCCCAUCGCACCACCUUCAACUUCAUCACUGAGAUGUUUACUUCCGGCACCCUCCGAGAGUACAGGAAGAAAUAUCAGCGCCUCAGCAUCGCAGCAAUUAAGGACUGGGCUCGCCAAAUUCUGGAGGGUCUCAACUACUUGCACAGUCACGACCCUCCGGUGAUCCACCGGGACCUCAAGUGCGACAACAUCUUUGUCAAUGGCCAUCUUGGCCAAGUUAAGAUUGGCGACCUGGGGCUAGCAGCCAUGCUUGUUGGAUCGCACCAUGCCCACAGUGUCAUAGGUACGCCGGAGUUCAUGGCACCAGAACUAUACGAAGAGGACUAUGAUGAGCUCGUGGAUAUUUACUCCUUUGGCAUGUGCGUUCUGGAGAUGCUUACUUGUGAGUAUCCAUACAACGAGUGUUCGAACCCUGCACAAAUAUACAAGAAAGUGACAUCGGCAAAGCUGCCAGAAGCAUUUUACAGGAUCAAUGAUGGUGAGGCUCGGAGGUUUGUGCGUAGGUGCUUGGAGAAGGCUCCUGAGAGGCCAUCAGCUCGUGAACUUUUGAUGGACCCCUUCCUUUCCAUUGACGAAGAAUCUCCCGCAGCAGCCUGCGCUAUGGUAUCAUCUCCCACUGCAAGUGCGACUGCGACUGCCACUGCCAUGUCAAUCACAGGGACUAUGAAUCCACAGGAUGACGCCAUUUAUCUCAAAGUGCAGAUCUCCCAUAAAGAUGGUCCUCGAAGAAAUGUGUACUUCCCAUUUGACAUCACGAGUGACACUUCGUUGGAGGUUGCAGCAGAAAUGGUUGAGGAGUUAGAGAUAGAAGAUUGGGAGCCAUUUGAGAUUGCAAAUAUGAUUGAAGAAGAAAUCUCCGCCUUGGUUCCCUCCUGGAACUGGACAUGGAAGGAUUCAGAUUCAAAUUCAAAUUCAAUCCUCCAGCAGCACAGUUUCAAAUAUGAUGAUGACGACCACAAUGACAGCAACAGCAACAACAACAUCCCUCCCCACCCAGAUUUCUACGCAAUCUCAGUGUCAUCGUCUUCUUUUUCUUCCUCCCAGGCUUCCCUGAUGCCAUUGCCAGCAGCAGAACUAGAGGUGGAGGAGGAGGAGGCGGAGGCAAGUACUAGAACUGUCCAUGACCAUUACGGUUCUGAGAGCGCAUCAUCAUUUUGCACCAAUAAAAGUUACCCCUCUGAUUAUUCAGUAAAUGAGGAUGAAGAAUAUUUCUUCCAAGGCAUCAUCAAUUCCAAGGUUAAGAAAUGCACAAGGUUCUGCCCUGAAGCAGCAACGGCAAGCAAGGCCAAAGUGAUCAAGGGACAAGGAGGGUAUCAUCAUCAAUACGACCACCACCAUCAUCAACAAAUGGUUAGAAGAAGCAGGUCGAUGGUAAACAUUCAUAGCCAGUUGCUGCAUCAAAAACUUGUAGAGGAAAUAAACAAGAGGCGCUUGUUCAACACAGUUGGGGCACUUGAGCAUAUAGGCUGGGCCGCCACCACCACCAUCACCAGGUGA